CACUUGUAUUUCUUCAAGGUCUGAUGAUAGCUAACAUCCCGUUGCAUUCAGGACGUACUUGGAAACACACGCAGCCUGCAAAGCAUCUCCUCAUCUGGCCCACAUAAGAAGCACUACCUUGAGGUUCAUCACGUCUUCAGAAUUGGUUUAAAGGUGUCUUUCGGCGAAAGAGACCAACUGUAAUGCAAACAUGAAGGCAGCAAUCGAAAACGGCAUUGUGUACUCUCCGCACCCGAAAGUCGACAUACCGGAGUGCUCCGUCUACAAAGCGUUAAAGGAAUUCUUGAAGGCCUCACCGGAACGAGUAGCACUGAUGGACGAGAAGAUGCACCUGACACGUGCGGAGCUGUUUUCUCACUUGCGGAGAUUCGCUGCGGGUUUUCAGGCACAAGGUAUCGGGCUCGGUGACCGCGUGUGCGUCCACCUGGACAACAGCGUCGAAAACAUGGUUGCCCUGUUCAGCAUCACUUUCACGGGAGCUUCGGUGUUGCUUUCCAACCCCAUUCUCAACGAAGAUGACCUGGUCUUCCAAGUGGGCUAUGGAGACGCAACUCACAUUUUGACCACGCCACAAUACGCAAGUAAAAUAACUGCAGUGAAGAAGAAAACGAAUGUUAAGGGUCUCUUUGUUAUUGGCGACCCCGUUCCUGGAUUUGUGUGUGUGUCCACUUUCGCUCAACUGAACGACGAGGAUUUCAAGGAGGUGCCCAUUGAAUAUCCUAAGGAGACCACGCUCGCUUUAUUUUACUCCUCCGGGACGACGGGUCAAGCCAAGGCAAUGGAGAUAUCUCAUUACGCUUUGGUGGCGAACAUGCACAUCACUCGAACCCUUGUGAGUUAUCUGCCUGAAGACGUUCUCCUUGCCUGGUAUCCCAUAACCUAUGCGCCUGGUUUCAUUUUCGUUGCUGUAGCUGCCGCUAUUGCAGUCACAAGCGUCGUAGUUCAGCCCGGAUUGGCAUUCGACCAAUUCGUGUAUUACGUCAAGAAGUACAACGUGACAACGUUGUCGCUUCCUCCGGUACAAAUGCACAAUUAUUUAGCCGGCAUGGUACGGACCGGAACGAAGCUUUCCUCCAUUACGACAAUCAACAUGGGCGGCUGUGUUCUGACCGAUACGUUUGCCAAAAGGAUAGUGGCUACCUUCGAUGGCGUCCGCUCUUUGCGGAACCACUAUGGCAUGUCUGAAUCCUGUGGCGUCCUGUGCUCAACAAUAAAUGAUGGACUGGUCUCAGGAAGCGUUGGCUUUGCGGCACCAAUGGUUGAGCUCAAGUUCAUCGACUUGGAGACAGGCGAGAAAGUAGGACCCGGGCAAUACGGUGAGCUUUAUUUCCGUUCCCCCUGUAUCAUAAAAGGCUACUACAAGAACCCGGAGCUCGUCAAAGAGUUUGUGGAUGCUGAUGGAUGGUGCAAAUCAGGGGACAUCAUGUACUACGAUGAAGAUGGCCGUGUUUACUUUGUGGACCGGGUGAAGGACAUGAUUAGGUGCCAACACUUGCUGGUGUCGUCUAUGGAGCUCGAAAGCCUGCUGCAGAACCACCCUAGUGUCGCUGACGCCGCUGUGGUAGGGAUUCCGAAGACGGAGUACGGUGAUGCCCCAGCUGCUUUCGUCGUUCUCAGAGACCCGUCGUCGGCAUCAGCUAUGCUGGCAGCCGAACUGAAGGAGCACGUCGCAUGCCAAACUGAAGAGUUCAAGCAUCUCUACGGAGGCCUGUUCUUUGUCAACAGCUUGCCAAGAAACACAAGUGGUAAAGUCUUCAAGCGUCACCUAAAGCUUUUGUGUACCAAGUCGAAGGUAUAUUAGAAAUGUAAUUUGUAUGAACGUCCAAUCUUCAGAAAAAUAAAGCGAUUUGAUGCACAUUGACCAAAAUUGGAAAGCAAAA